AUCGCUUUUAACCCUUAUUCAUCAUCUGAAUAAUCAGAGUCGUGUUAAAAAAUUUAUGGGUCAUGGGGCAAAACUUUUAUUUUGCGCCUUAUUUAUUGUAAAUAUAUUUAUUUUAUUAAUAAAUUUAAUAUAUUUCUUUUUUUUGGAUUAACUUUUACAUACACCAAAAAGAUCAUAUGCGGUCGAUCACCUCUGAUAAUUGAUGUUGAAAUCUCAAAGCAACAUCCAUCAAUCCUAUGUCACACUACAACUCCUACUACAUAUUACAUAACCUAACAUGAUGUAGCAAAUUAACAACAUCACAAAAACUUGCAAGAAAAAGUAGAAAAAAAUAAAGGUAUACUACUAAGAUUGCUUCCCGCGUUUUCUAUCUGUCUCUUAAUAACCACAUUUCUCAUUCAACUUCAUGCGUGCAAGCCAUUCUCAUUCUCUUAUACCACAUCUCUCUCUUACAUCUCUUAGACUAUCACUUUUCAUUAACGGUUUCAUUUCUCUGCAACCUUCUUUAAUCUUCUCUCUUUCUCUUCUUAUCUUUUCUCCACAUUUAUGUCAUUUUGCUUUCUCUAAACACUAACCAUCCUAUUCUUAAACUCCCUUAAAAAGAUCUCUCUCAAUUAAAAUAUCUUAUCUUCAACCAGUUUAUAAGAAAAACUUUAAAAGACCUUUUUUUAUGAGAUUUCUUCACUUUUUUCGUUCGGGUUUUGUUCUUUUUUCAUAAUUUUAAGUGGGUUUUGAAUCUUCUCCUCAGAUUUCUAAGUUUUUACUGUUUUUAAAUUCAUUUGUCUUUCUGGGUUUUCUCUGUUAAUCAGAAAUUCAUGAAUUCAAAUACCCAAAUAGUGUGAUUUAGGGUUCAAAAUCUGUAAUCAUGGGAGGACAUAUGAGCAAAAAAGCAGCAGAAAGUUCAACAGAAAUCAGUAAUCUACAGUACACAACAGACCUAACAUCAUAUGAAGCAGCUUGUAAAACAGAUACAGAUUUACAAUCUUUUGACACAAAUCUACAAGCUAGAACAAAUCAUGUAAUCAAUUCAUUAGCAGUUGGUGUCGAAGUUCGAUCGCUUUCGUUCAAUUCAAUGAAGGAAGUGACUGAAUGUUUGUUGGAAAUGAAUCAGGAAGUUGUGAAACUUAUCUUAGAAUGCAAGCAAGACAUAUGGAAAACACCAGAAUUAUUUGAACUUGUUGAAGAAUACUUCGAAAAUAGUUUACAAACCCUAGAUUUCUGUGCAGCAUUAGAAAAAUGCCUUAAAAGGGUUAAAGAUAGUCAAUUGCUUAUAAUGGUAGCUUUACAACAGUUUGAGGAUGAAGAUGGUAAAGGGGAAAUUAGGUAUUACAAAACUCUGCAAGAAUUGAAGAACUUUAAAGCUGCUGGUGAUCCAUUUACUGAUGAAUUUUUUCAGAUUUUUCAGUCUGUUUAUAAACAGCAAUUGUUAGUGCUUGAGAAAUUGCAAGUUAAGAAGAAUAAAUUGGAUAAGAAGUUGAAAUAUGUUCAUGCUUGGAGGAAGGUUUCUAGUAUUAUAUUUGUGGCCACGUUUGCAGCGGUUUUGAUCUGCUCGGUGGUGGCGGCUGCCACCAUGGCACCACCGGUUGCAGCGGCAUUAGCAGCUGCAACCGCGGUCCCUGUGGGGUCCAUGGGGAAAUGGAUUGAUUCCCUUUGGAGGAACUUUGAGAAUGCAUUGAAAGGGCAAAAGGAGGUGAUUAGUAGUAUGCAGAUAGGGACUUAUGUUGCUAUAAAAGACUUGGAUAAUAUUAGAGUGUUGAUUGAUAGACUGGAAAUCGAGCUCGAAUUGUUGUUAAAAAGCGCGGAGAUUGCGGUUUGUGAAGAUGCUGUUAAGCUUGGUAUUGAAGAGAUUAAGAAGAAAAUGGUUGGUUUUACAAAGAAUGUUGAAGAUUUGGGUGUGCAAGCUGAUAUGUGCAGUAGAGAUAUCAGAAGGGCAAGAACUGUUGUCCUGCAGAGGAUCAUUAAGCAUUCUAACAAUCAUGCAUAAAAACUUUCAUAAUUCUUUUUUAUCUUAUGUUGUGUUAACACUUUGAAAUUCAAAUACUUACAUUGUAAUUUGUUAAACUAAAUUCUUUUUAUUUGUUAUUGUUCCAAAAUCCAAAUGAUUGGAUCUAAAUUCCUUUGUUGAAUAGAGUAUAUUUACUAAAUAAAGAUAUCAUGUUUAAAUUUCGUAGAAUGUCUAAAUUCUUGGUUGUAAAGACC